AUUAAAUAUUAAAAUAUUUAUUAUAAUUUAUAUUUUAAUUAUAAUUUGAUAAAACAUUUCAUUGAAUAAAUAAAUAAAUAUAUAUAAAUUAUAUAAUUAUAUAUAAAUGAACAUGAAAAAAUAUGGAAAAAAAAACAAAUUAUAAGAAAAUGUCAUUAUCUAUUUAUGUUAAAAUUCAUACUUUAGAAUUAAUAGUUUUAUAUUCGAUGUGGAUAUAUGUAUUUUUAUUGAAUAUUUUAUUUUUUGGAUAAUUUUUAAUUGUUGAAAUAUGAACAAGUAACGAUAAUAAUAAAGUAUUUUUUCACUUUCUAUAGAUAUAUCAUUUUAUAAUGAGAAUAUAUUUGAUUUAUACUGUUUAUAGCAAUAAUUCCGAUACCUAAUCAAUAAUUUUUGUAAUGAAUAAAUAAUAGAAUAUUCAUUUUCUUUAUUGUGUCUUUAUUUGUUCAAAUAUGAAAUAAAAUAUGUUGAAUAUAAAAGAUUGAAAUAAUAUUCUCUGUUAUUUUUAUUUAAUACUUUUUAUUUUUUUUAUUAUCAUGUUAUAUAAAUUUUCAUUGAUUAUAAUCAAUAUAAUUAAUUUAAAUAAUUAAUAAAUUAUUUGAAAAAUAAUAAUAUAGUUUAAUUUAUUUUAAAAAAAGAAAAAAAUUCUAUAUAAUUUAUAUCUAUAUAAUUAUAAUAUUCUAUAUAAUUUUUAAAUAUUAAUUUAAUUAUCUUAUAAUUUUUUUAAUUAUAUAUAUAUAUUAUAUAUUUAAUCAAUUAAUGUAUAAUUUUAUAAUUUAUAAUUAUAAUUUUAAGACUAUUUCUAAAAAUUUUUUCGAUUCAUAAAUAAUAUAUAUUUAUAUCUAUUAGAAAUUCAAUACACGUUUAUUACAUUAUUUUAUGAUAUUCAAAAUUAUAACGUGUGUAUAUUAUAAUUAUUAUAAAGUGAUAACCUACAGUAUUAAUACUGAUAACGAUAAUUUUUAUUUACAUCGUAGUUGAGCAAAAUAAUUGUUUUCGAGACACUCAUUUAACAUUAAUAAUAUAAUAUAGAUUUGUGAAGUUUCAAUUAGAAUAUGAAUUAAAAAGUUCAUAAAUUAUUAAUUUAUUAUAAUCUAUUAAUUUAUAAAUUCUAUAAUUAAUAAAAUUAAUAAAAUCUAAAUUAAAAGAUUAAUUAUCACUUAACAAAAAUUAAAAGCUAAUUUAAUUAAUUUUUAAAUAACUUUUUUUAAAUAAAUAAAUAAAAAAUAAAAUAGAAAAUGAAUUUUGAAAGAUUUUUUACGAACAUUACAAAUAGGCGAAAGUCAAGUAUUCUUCGUGAGUGGGCAAUAAAAUUUUUGGAAAGUAAGAAUGCAAUAAGUCUAGCUAACGGAAUGCCAAAUGCAAAGAUGUUUCCUUUCAAAGAGAUCUCUGUAACAUAUAAAGAUGGAACAAAAGUAAAAUUAGUUGGAGAAGAAUUGUCUUGGUCACUUCAAUAUGGUCCCUCUCAAGGAUACUUACCAUUAUUGAAAAAAAUGAGAGAAUUUCAAAAACAUUGGCAUAAACCAAUGUAUAAUGAUUGGGAUAUACUUUUCACAUCUGGAUCGAUGGAAGGAUGUAGCAAAGUUUUCGAAAUGAUUUUAGAAAUUGGCGAUUCUGUAAUGAUACAAACACCAACUUAUGAUGGAAUUUUGAAUGCACUUAGACCAUUAAUGCCAGAAUUAAUUGAAGUUGUACAAGAUGAAGAUGGUGUAAUUCCAGAAAACAUAAUGAAAAUUUGCAAAAAUAAACAACAUAAUAAUAAACCAUUACCAAAAAUUCUUUAUCUAAAUCCAACAGGAGCCAAUCCAACAGGAACAAUUUUAACAGAAUACAGAAAAAACGAAAUUUAUAAAUUAGCUGAAACAUAUAAUUUUUUAAUCUUAGAAGAUGAUCCUUAUUGUUUUCUUCAUUUCGUUGAUAAAAAACCUAUAACAUUUUUAGAAUUAGAUACCAAAGGACGAGUAAUACGUUUGGAUUCUUUUAGUAAAAUUCUUAGUGCUGGACUUCGAUUAGGUGUUGUUACAGCGCAUAAAGAAUUUAUUAAAAAAUUAAUUACACAUAUGGAAACAACAACUAUCCAUGCUUCUUCCUUAUCACAAAUUUUAUUGUUGAAAUUAUUAAAUUCAUGGAAUUUGCAAAAAUUACAACAACACUUCAAUGAAAUACAGAAUUUUUAUCGUGAGAGACGAGAUAUUACACUAUCUUUGAUUGAGAAACAUCUUACAGGAUUAGUAGAAUGGAAUGUUCCAAAAGGUGGGAUGUUUAUCUGGAUAAAAGUAAAUAAAAUAAAAGAUGUAAUGGAAUUGACAAAUAAAUGUAUUUCCCAAGGAGUCUUUCUUAUUCCCGGUCAUGCAUUUAAUUAUGAUUAUUCGAAACUUGAACAACAUCUUAGAAUUUGCUAUAGUUAUGCAACGCCAGAAGAAAUUGAUAAGGCACUUUCAACAUUAGCUACUUUGAUACAUAAAAAAAUAAAAAAAAUAGAAGAAAAUAAAAACGGAGUAUUAUAAUAUAUAUAAAUAUAUAUAUAUUUUUGUUGCUUUAGUUGUCUAUUUUUAUAUUUAUAAAAUUAAAAAUUAUAAAAAUAAAUAUUAUAUUAUUAUAUAAAUAUUAUAUUUCAAAAUUUUUAAGAUUUUUAACAUUUUUUAUAUAAAAAUAUAAAUGAAUAUAAUUUGAUUCUUUUUAGUAAUGGUAAUUCUUUUUUAAUAAUAAAAAUAUAAAAAUAUACAUAUAUUCGCAUAUUAAUAUUCAGAUACGAUUAACGAUUUAUAUCUUUAUUAAUUGUAAAAAACAAAUAAAUUUAAAUUACUUUAUAUAUAAGCAAUUUGAUAUAAUAAAAUAAUAUUAAAAAUUAAA